CAUGUCGGGGGCGUCUUGGGGAUUGCCUGGAUGGCUAAAUCUAAUUUGCUGUCUUUGUCCCGACUCGAAAAGGGGCCCGUCGGGUUUAAUUUGAGCAUUUCCUUGGGAUUACAGUAAUCACUUUGUCUAGAUUGACCAAAAAAAGAAGAUUCGAUUGAGUCUUUCUGUCAUCGGCGCCGAUGAAACCGGGCCACAAUCGGCAGACCCCCACUGCCUUGUCAUGCCCACCGGCUCACCUUCCAAGUCCGACCCGGGCGUUGCCCCCGACUUUGUCACCCCAACCUACAGGAAUCCCAGCGCUCAUCCAUCUUAUUCAAUUCCUACAUGCUAUCCGCGGUACAAAAUCAUUACGUGCCACGCAUUGGGAUUGGUACACAGUAAAUACGGCAUUGGCAGCCUCGGAGGCACACCCUUCCAGUAGAGAAAGUCCAUAUCACUUUGUUGACCACAAAACCUGUUUAGGCCCACCAACAUACAGUACAGUGGCGUUUGGCAUUCAAAG